GUGCGUUGGGGUGAAAAGGGCUCGACGGAGGAGGGGGCCCGGCUGGAGAAGGCCAAGAACGCCAUCGUGUCCAUACCCGAGGACGAAGAGCAGCCAAUAACGAAACGUCCCACCCCGAAGCCGGCUCCCACCUACCAGGCAGAGAAUAAAUGGUACACUCCCAUCAAGGGUCGUCUCGAUGCAUUGUGGGCUUUGUUGGGGCGGCAGUACGACCGAGUCUCCCUCAUGCGUCCCAGCUCUGCAGAGAAGGUAAGACGCUAA